AUGGUUUUCUAUGCCGCUUUAAUGCUCCUAUUAAUUACUUUUGCAAGUGACAGUGAUGAUAUGGAAAUUGUACCGAAGGACUAUAAUCGUGAUCUCCCACCAAUUAUUAACGAUCUUCCAGUACCUGUUUAUGUUUCCUGUCAAAUACUUGGAAUCGAUAGCAUAAAUGAAGCAAGCAUGGAUUUCCGUUUACUUCUAUUGAUUAUAUCAGUUUGGAAAGAUCCGAGAUUGAAUUUAAAGCAUAUAGUUUCGGAAUAUCCCGUUGUUUUUCCUUCUGGUGAAAGAGAGAAAAUCUGGAUGCCAAAAUUUGGAUUUCCUAAUAGCAAAAAAAUCGAGAAAUUUGAUGAAACGACGGGUUUUUCUGUUGUAAAAGUUUUAAAGGACGAAUCAUUAUACGGAGUUCUCAGGACAAAUUUGUUAGUAGACUGCCCAAUGGAAUUACACGAUUAUCCUAUGGAUGUCCAGAUUUGUCAAUUUUUAAUUUCUAUCAAGGUAUAUACAGAUAAAGAAACUGUAUUAAAAUGGUUGGGAGAAGAAGGAAGUCCUUAUCAGUACCUUGGUAAAAGCGUUCAUAUCAGGAAUAUAAAUUUACUAAAAUUUCAGAUGAAUGAUGUUCAAACAAAGAAAUAUACAGCUGUAUGGGUCAGCGGUAAUUUUACUACGUUAAUUGCCGAAUUUAAGUUUACACGACGUCUUACUGGAAACCUGAUGAAUGUCUACAUCCCUAGUACGUUAGUGGUCAUGCUGUCGUGGCUGUCAUUUUGGAUCGAUGUUCACGCAGCACCCGCACGCAUCACUUUGGGUGUGACUUCAAUCCUGACUUUAGUCACUCAUUUGGUGCAGUCCAGAAGCUUCGUGCCUCCUGUGGAUUAUUUAAAGGCUCUGGAUGUCUGGUUUAUAUUCUGCAUCGUUCUGAUAUUUUUAUCUUUACUGGAAUAUGCUUUAGCAUAUAAUUUCGUCUUAAAAAAGCGAACGGCCAAAGAAACUCGUGUUCGUGCAUUCCGUCCAGAUUCUAAAGAGAAAGAAUCUCGAUUAGUCAAAGUGUGGAUAUCGUACUUGAAAGAUAAAACUUCUACUCUAAUUGAAGCGAAGGACUUGAAUGUUUACGAUAAAGUGUCAAGAUACUUGUUUCCCUUUGUGUUUGUUAAUUUUGCAAGCUUUUAUUGUGUAUAUUAUCUAUCGAAUAGAGAUUUAUAACAUGAAAGAACCACAAGAAUGGUGAAUGGUUGAUUACUACGAUUUUCAAAGCUGUCUAGAACGAUAUCUAGCAGUUCAAAUAUAAAAAUUUGGUAUGUGGCAUUUCAAAUCAGGAGGAAGAUAUUUUUGUAAUAGUACCAAAACUCAUCACUUGCCCUUUUGACGCUGCAAGCAACAGACAUUUCAUUUGACAAGACAUUACAAGACACGUUUUAUAUGUCUUGUAAUAUCUUUACAUAGCGAUGCAGGGAAUAGUGGUCAGUGUAAUCCCCAAUUUGAACAUGUAAAACACGAGCCGGCUGUUGACCAAUGUGUUUACUGGUCCCAUGUGACAUUUUUCACAUGCAGUGUGAUGGUGCCUUUCUAAGCUGCCAAAUUUGCAACAUAUCCUGUGUGUCCUCACAAAUGAAAUUA